AUCUGACGUGGCCCCUACACUGAUUUGCUUUAGGUCGGAGGGAGAGAGGGCGGCCGAGCGCCUGCAAGGGCAGGGGCCAGGAGCUUGGAUGCGAUGGCCAGAUUUCUUCUCCUUCAUCUCCACAGCACCGCGGAGGAUUGGUGGUACACUCUCAACGAGUCCAAGGCAUGGCAGAAUCGAUUCUACUACUCGCUCUCCGGCGCCUAUCUCCUUGUAGCUCUCGUCGCCCUGAUACAACUCAUCCGGAUCGAGAUUCGCGUCCCCGAGUAUGGCUGGACGACGCAGAAGGUCUUCCAUUUGCUGAAUUUCCUUGUAAAUGGAGUCCGAGCUGUGGUGUUCUUCUUCCGGCGCCAAGUCCAGUUCCUUGAGCCCCGGAUUUUACAAUCACUUCUUCUGGAUUUACCCGGACUCUUGUUCUUCACGACGUAUACUUUGCUAGUACUCUUCUGGGCUGAGAUUUAUCACCAGGCUCGGAGCCUUCCGACGGAUAACCUGAGACCAACCUUUGUGGUGAUCAAUACCAUCAUUUACACAAUCCAGAUCCUUGUGUGGCUGAUUGUCUGGUGGAAGCCACUUGGCCUCCUCGAGAGCUUCUCCAAGAUUUUCUUUGCCGGCGUGUCAUUGGGUGCAGCGAUCGGGUUUCUUCUCUACGGUGGAAGGCUGUUCUUGAUGCUACAAAGAUUUCCCAUCGAAUCAAAGGGCCGCAGGAAAAAGCUGCGUGAGGUCGGCCUUGUGACUGCUAUAUGCUUCACUUGCUUUACAAUCAGAUCCGGAAUUAUGGCGUGGGCUGCAUUUGACAAGCGUGGAGAUUUAGAUGUGUUGGAUCAUCCAGUUUUGGACACCGUUGUCUACCUACUUGUGGAGAUACUUCCCUCGGCGUUGGUUCUUUAUAUAUUGAGGAAGCUCCCACCAAACAGACCAGGUCCUCCUGGUUACGAACCAAUCCCAUCAACAAUUCGAACAGGGUAGGAGUUCUUCUUUUUGCAUCUUCGUUAUCUUGUGUUGAGUGGAUGGUUCUUGGUUGAAGAGUAAUAACGUAGUAUCUGGCAUGUACAGUACUCCUGUAAUUUUAUACUACCAGGUCUCACUAGUUGUUAAAUCAUCAUGUCAA